GGCUGACGCCAAGGGAGAGGUCGCUGCUAGGGACGGUGGUGCUCGCAGUUGCACGUCACAUGCAGAUGGUGAACGACGUGCGGCGGGCAAGCGAAAGACAGACGGGCAGACGGGAGGCCGCCAUAGCCCAGGCUUUGAUGGACGUGCACUCCUCGCCAGGCCUGUGGGAUGCGCCGUUCUUGUUGUCGAAUGCAAUCGUGGCGGGUGUCAUGCCGAGGGAGACGCCGAGGUGGUGGGUGAAAAGAAGGACGGGUGGAACUUGGAGGGACCUCACCAUCGCCGACGAUGCGAGCGAGGACUACUUACAUGACAAACUGCGUAUGACGAGGACGGUGUUCAACGACAUCGUCGCCGCUUGCAGUCCUUUCAUUCAGCGCAGACUGACUCACUAUCGGAAGCCAUUGCAGCCCGACCAUAUCGUGGCUUACGCGUUGUACCGGUGGGCAUCAGGAGAGACUUUCGAGAGCAGCACGUCGUCGUUCGGCAUCGGGAGGUCAUCAUGCAUCAAGGCUGUGGAUCAUGUGACAAAAGCUAUACUGGCUGCGUAUCCGGAGAAGAUAGCGUUUCCUACCGACCGUCGUCUCCUACAGGUUGUCCGAGCAUUCGGCGGCAAAGGUUUCCCUAAUUGCUUGAGCGCAAUCGACUGCACCCAUAUUUACAUUGACAAGCCUGCAAACGCACCGUCCGAAAACUACUUCGAUCGUAAGCAGCAGUUUUCAGUCGUUGCACAGGUCGUCGUCGACCUUGACAUGCGUGUCAUCGACGUGUUCGUCGGUUAUCGUGGAUGUGUCCACGAUGCCCGCGUGCUGCGGAACUCUUCACUACGUAGGCGAGCAGAGGCGGGCGACAUCUUCACGGCGGACCCCAUCAUCCUCCCGGGGGGGGGKAAGGACGACAGAAUACCUGCUGGGGGACAAUGGUUACGCACCCCGCACUUGGAUUGUAGUUCCAUAUGGAGGGUCGGAGCAGACGGGGGACAUCGCUCUUUUCGACACGCGGCCGAAGACAACGAGAGGGGUAGUGGAAAGAGCAUUCGGGCGGCUUAAGGGGAUGUGGAGGUUAUUCCUUCGUCAUCACAAGACGAAUAUGAAUAACCUCC